AUGGGCUGUGAUGCAGAGCUCUGGAGUGUGUGGCCUGGUGGUCUCUCAGCAGGAGCCUCCAGUGGAGGGCCAGGGAGCACACUGGACCCUUGGUGCCAACUCGAGGAGAGGUGGGGAGCCAGAGGCAGGCACCCUAUCCCUGGUGCCUCAGGGGCUCACUUCCUUCCCACAGCGGCCAAGAUCGCGGGCCUGUACAAUGACUCGGAGCCCCCGCGCAAGACCAUGCGCAGGGGGGUGCUGAUGACCCUGCUGCAGCAGUCGGCCAUGACCCUGCCGCUGUGGAUCGGGAAGCCUGGUGACAAGCCGCCCCCACUCUGCGGGGCCAUUCCGGCCUCUGGGGACUACGUGGCCAAACCUGGAGACAAGGUGGCUGCCCGGGUCAAGGCCGUGGAUGGGGAUGAGCAGUGGAUCCUGGCCGAGGUGGUCAGUUACAGCCAUGCCACCAACAAGUAUGAGGUCGAUGACAUUGAUGAGGAAGGCAAAGAGAGACACACCCUGAGCCGGAGGCGCAUCAUCCCACUGCCCCAGUGGAAGGCCAACCCUGAGACGGACCCCGAAGCCUUAUUCCAGAAGGAGCAGCUCGUGCUGGCCCUGUAUCCCCAGACCACCUGCUUCUACCGUGCCCUGAUCCACACACACACCCCCCCACGGCCCCAGGAUGACUAUUCGGUCCUGUUUGAAGACACUUCCUAUGCAGAUGGUUACUCCCCUCCCCUCAAUGUGGCCCAGAGGUACGUGGUGGCUUGUAAGGAGCCCAAGAAAAAGUGAUGCAGUCUGGCAGUCUCCUGCCGCCUCACGGGGGCAUGCUACAAGACAUUCUGUGAAGAAAUAAAUGUUCUUCCCCUUU